AUGCUUUGUUAUGUAUACAAAAAUGUGCUUAAGAACUGUGUCAAUGCAUCUUUAAUAGCACGCGCUUUAUCUUCUUACUCAGAGAAUAUAAAGAGAAGUGAUAUCAUUGAGGGAAAUUAUACAUCUUUUGUAUUGAUUUUCAAGAGUUAUGGGUUUAGUGAAACUCAAGUUUCCGGUCUUUUAAGCAAGAAGCCAUCACUUUUGGAUAUGGACGAAGAUGAGCAAAUAAAACCCAAGUUAAUGUUUUUUAGGGAAAAGGGGUUUUCGUCGUCUGAUGUUUGUCAUAUAAUUGGGUUAGACCCGAAGAUUAUGAGACGUAAUGUGAAUGAUUUGAUAAUACCGUCUUAUGAGUUUUUGAAGAGUGUUUUGAAAGAUGAAGCGAGUCUGAUUGGUGCAGUUAGGAGGUGUACUUGGCUACUUACGCAAGAUUUAGAAAAAAGUUUAAGGCCGAAUGUUGAAUUGUUGCGAAGUUAUGGAGUGCGGAAUGAUAGGAUUGCGGGAAUGUUGAGGCUUCGUCCGAGGGCAUUGAUGCAGAAUGCUGAUGGGUUUAAAAUGGUGGUUGAAGAGGUUUGGGAAAUGGGAUUUGACCCGGUAAAAAGUCAUUUUAUUAUCGCGUGUCAAGUAAAAUUUGGUUUGAGCAAAACAAUGUGGAAGAUGAAAUGGGAUUAUUUUAAGAAGUGGGGUUGGUCAGAUAAUGAGAUUCGUUCUGCUUUAAUGAAGCAGCCUAAGAUUAUGUCAGUUUCGCAGAAGAAGGUAGAAAAGGUGAUGGAUUUUUUGGUUAACGAUAUGAGAUGGGAGAUAUCAAAGGUUGCAUCUUGUCCUACUGUUGUUAUGCAUAGCUUGGAGAACUGGACUAAGCCGCGGUGUUGGCUUGUUCAAUUUUUGUUGUCAAAAGGGGCGGUAAAAAAGGACUUUCCCUUUAGUACCGUGAUAGCAUCAGUUGAAAGUCGAUUUGUAAAAAAUUAUGUGAAGAAAUACUGUGCAGAAUUUCCUGAAGUCUUAGAACUAUAUGCAAGUUUAACUUUACAGAAGAAACCCAAGCAGCCAGUCAAUUACUUCAGUUUUAUGGGAAUGAGAGCUGCUAUGCCUACAGACAAUCUGAGUUUAAAACCUUUGGAGGAAAACUUGGGUUUUCUGUGCUGCAGUUACAAAAGUUACUUGAUUGUUGAUAGAAAUGAUGCCUCUUUCCAGCCAUCUUAUGAUAUCAUGGCUUUCGAGUUGCUGAAGUUGAUCUGA